CCCCACCUUCCUUCCCUCCUCUCCCAUUUCACCCAUUUCAUCUUCAAUAACGACCAAUCAUCCCAUCCCUCUCCAAUCCCAACUUCUUCACUCUCUCUGCAGCCAUUUCGCCUCUUCCCCAGUUCUUGAUUCAGCUUGACCCUCCCUCAGGUAUCAAGAAACCUCUGAAACGGACCUCUCCCUUCUUCUCCAAUGGAGGGAACUCUGUUCCCCAACAGACCCGCCUACCCCCUCCCUUCGACAGCCACCACCAACCGGCCAGGCAACCCAACUCUCAAGUUCAACUCUUCCACGCUGCCGCUCCCUCCUCCUCAGUCCCCUUCUCCUCCCACCUUCCCCUUCGACACCCUAAUCCAGCAGCUCCUCCAUCUUUCCUCGAAUCCCACCCAUGUCCCCUCCCUCCGCGUUUCAGCCGUCAGCAAGCAGGGGCAGCUCCGGGGAGCUCAGCCCAAGAACCCCACUUCGGUUCUCGCCCCCACCCUGGACGUUUUCGCCGAAAAACCCGACCUUGGAGAUGGGUCCAUGGAGUUCCAGUCGGGGAAGUGUAAGUUCCUGUUCGGUUUGAUUGUGGAGCAGCCGCUGCAGGAUUUGAACGGUGGGUUCUUUGAGUCUGUGAGGCUUGACUUGCUUGAUGCUGAUUUAAUGAGCUUGUUGAAGGCGUUGGACCUUUCCGGGAAUUGGGAGAGAGCUGUGCUGUUGUUUGAGUGGGUUGUCUGCGGUUUGGGCAGUGAACGCCUGCAAUUGGAUAAUCAGAUUAUUGAACUGAUGGUUAGGAUUCUAGGGAGAGAAUCUCAGCAUACUAUUGCGUCGAAGCUAUUUGAUCUGAUUCCUGUUGAGGAAUACUCACUUGACAUUAGAGCGUAUACGACCAUUAUACAUACUUAUUCUCGGAUUGGGAAGUUCGAGAGAGCCAUUGAAUUGUUUGAGAAAAUCAAGGAGAUGGGCCUCUCCCCUACCUUGGUCACUUAUAACGUGAUGCUUGAUGUUUACGGGAAGAUGGGCAGGUCCUAUGAUAAGAUUUUAGGCCUGUUGGAUGAGAUGAGGAGUAGAGGGCUCGAGUUCGAUGAAUUCACCUGUAGCACGGUGAUUGCAGCGUGUGGGAGAGAGGGUCUAUUGGAGGAGGCAAAAAACUUCUUCUCCGAAAUCAAGUCGCAGGGCUACGUCCCGGGAACAGUGACAUAUAAUGCUCUUCUCCACGUUUAUGGGAAGGCGGGGAUUUACUCAGCUGCACUGGGAACACUGAAGGAAAUGGAGGAGAACAGUUGCCCACCCGAUGCUGUCACAUACAAUGAGCUCGUGGCAGCCUAUGUAAGGGCGGGAUUCUACGAGGAGGGAGCAGCCUUGAUUGAUACAAUGGCUAGUAAGAAAAUUAUGCCCAAUGCAAUUACUUACACCACCGUGAUAAAUGCCUACGGGAAGGCGGGGAAGGAAGACCAGGCCUUGGACUUGUUUGAUAGGAUGAAGGAAUUGGGCUGUGUGCCGAAUGUCUGUACAUAUAAUGCUGUCCUUGGGAUGCUGGGGAAGAAAUCACGGUCUGAGGAAAUGAUAAGGAUACUGAAGGACAUGAAAGCUAAUGGGUGUUCGCCGAAUCGUGUAACAUGGAACACGAUGCUCGCAGUGUGCGGGAACAAAGGGAUGCACAAAUAUGUUAAUCGGGUCUUUCGCGAGAUGAAGAGCUGCGGCUUUGAGCCUGAUCGAGACACAUUCAAUACGCUGAUAAGUGCAUAUGGGCGGUGCGGAUCAGAGAUUGAUGCUACCAAGAUGUAUGGGGAGAUGAUUAAGGCGGGUUUUAGCCCAUGCAUCACGACUUAUAAUGCCCUCUUGAAUGCUCUUGCUCGAAGAGGGGAUUGGGUAGCAGCUGAAUCGGUCAUUUCGGACAUGAAGAGGAAGGGGUUCAAGCCCAACGAGACCUCGUAUUCGUUGAUGCUCAAUUGCUAUGCGAAGAGCGGGAAUGCGAAGGGCAUAGAGAAAAUUGAGAGAGAAAUCUAUGAGGGCCAUAUAUUCCCAAGCUGGGUGAUCCUCCGAACCCUCAUCCUCGCGAACUUUAGGUGUAGAUCCCUGAAGGGCAUGGAGAGAGCACUUGAAGAGCUGAUAAAAAACGGAUACAAGCCUGACUUGGUAAUUUUCAACUCAAUGCUCUCGAUCUAUGCCAAGAACAACAUGCAUAAUCAUGCAAACGAGAUUCUUCAGUCGAUGAGUGAGAGCGGGCUUCGGCCUGAUCUAGUGACCUAUAACAGUUUGAUGGACAUGCAUGCUCGAGGGGGAGAGUGUUGGAAGGCCGAAGAGGUCCUCCGAGGACUCCAGAGUUCGGGUGGGAGGCCUGACCUUGUUUCUUACAACACUGUCAUCAAAGGAUUCUGCAGACAAGGUCUGAUGCAGGAAGCCAUAAGAAUAUUCUCCGAGAUGACUGUGAGAGGGAUUAGGCCGUGUAUCUUUACGUAUAAUACUUUUGUCUCGGGAUAUGCUGUAAGGGGGAUGUUUGCGGAAAUUGAUGAUGUGAUUAACUACAUGUGUCAGCAUGACUGUAGGCCAAAUGAGCUCACCUGCAAGAUAGUUGUGGAUGGGUUUUGUAAAGCGGGUAAAUAUAAGGAAGCAAUGGAGUUCUUGUCGAAGAUUAAGGAGUUGGAUGAUAAGUUCAACGAGGAAUGCUUGCGGAGACUCGCUUCUCGGGUAAGGGAGAAUUUGGAAUCAUAGGUUUCGGGUAAGUCUGUCCCAUUUUGUUUAUAAUGUGCUAGGAUUCAUUGAUCAUCAUAUUUUUUUAUGGUGACAUGCCCUUCUGUAACUAUAACUUCAUGUUUAUAGAGUUUUUAUUUUUCGGCUUCGAUCAAAAACCAUACACAUAUAUAUGAAGAGUAUUUGAGAUUUCAAUGUCCCAACAUUUCUUGGGGCUUAA